AUGGCGCCCGGCAAGACGGCGCCGCGGCUGCUUCAAGACCUCCUUACAUACGAUCCACGGUACGAGGAAAAGGCCGGCAGCAACUCCCUCACGAGCGCGCCUCCACAACACAAUCCAAACGGCGAAAAGGUUCGCGCGGUACCUUUCAGGAACUGUAGGCACGCCCUCCACACCAAGAACGAGCAGUCACAGCUGCCCGUGGCUGGCGAAGCCCCAGACCACUCUACAAAAUACAAGGUUGCGUCCUACUGCUCGCAAUGUCGCUGGCAUAUCGACGUUGUUCUCGACUUCUGCGACGACGGAUCGAAGAACAGACCGUGUAAACAGGGCGACAUGGAAUACUUCCUGCACCACUUUCUCUUUGAAAGCGAAGACAACACUAGCGACAACGUUGGUCUUAGCGCCCAGUAUAGACCACGAACGUACCAAUUUCGCUGCUCAGCACCCUCCUGUCCAGUACUAGUGAGAAUUAGCUUCAAGCCGCCUAGGUUAUCGGAGCAGGAUAUCGAGACCUUGACAGAUGGAGCUCAACUCAGGAGAAGAUGGGAAGCAGCGAAACAGAUAGCCGGUGAACGUGUAAGUCCAAACAUGGCCAGGAGAGUCGAUGCCCCCGACUUCUUGUACACAUAUCUGCAAGACUCCUUGAACCCGGUCAAGGGCAAAACGCGAAUUCCCCUGUUGAACCGAAAGUUCCUCACGACGUUUGGUAAAGAUUGCGAUUCUAUACUGAAAAGGCUUGGCUUCACGAAAGAACUAGAAAGGGAAGAUGACGGAACCAUGGCUGAAGCCUGGUACUUGCCUAGGCUGGACGAAAGCGAAAACUCCCUCGAGUCGCCUUUGCGCAACGUGAUUGAAGAUGCUCGCUACGAGCUAAACACGGUCAUACUGGCGUUUGAUGAGAGCGAACGUACUGGGUGUAGGCACCAGGCCCUCUAUCCUACUCCAUCGCGAGGCAACAUCGAGAGGAUACUGGGAUGCGAUGACUAUGACAAGGUCAAAGGCCGGAUAGAGACACGCAGCACGAACCAUGAAGAGGACCAUCCCCACUAUGCUGGACUCGGCGCUGUCGGUGACUUCUCAGAUGCUCUAGUUCUCUUCGCAUUCUCCCGACAAGCCGAGCAAGAUAUGGUCAAUCAAUUUUACUACUUCGAGUGCCUCAAGGAUAUUGCUCUUGGUCGUAAGAGUGACGAUCUCGGGACACAAGUAGCCGUCCUUGCGUCGAAGGGCCUCACCACCAAAACCGCUUUAGAGUUCGCAUAUCAAUAUUUCAACAUCGACCCGUCCCAUGCGGGUGUCAUCAGCGAUGAGCACAUCAUAGGUUGUUUCAAGGCCCUCCUGCCCGAUAUCAGUUCUUCACAAGCAGACGAAGCGCGAAAACAAUUGCGAGUCCUCGGCGAUGCGCGCAAUAGCGAUAAGAUCCGCGUAGAAGCCUCCGAUACCAUCGAGACAGAAGAACAAGCUUUCGCAUGGCUAGAGUUAGAUAGCGGUACAACGGACGACUUCAUUCAGACUAUGUUCUCAAUUAAGACGCAAGACAACCCCACAUGUCUGGACACUGCACGAAAAGCGGUUCUUGUAAUAGCAAAUAAGCGGCAAAGUCAGCGACUGCGUGAUUUCUUGGACAAAGGUACCAUGAGUGAGCCUGAGAUGGACGUAGGUGAGGCGUAUGCUUUGUUCCAGGUUGACAACAGAACUCUCGCUCUCGAUCUUGACGUCUUGAAGACUACUGUCGACGUUGCCAAUCCAGGCGACGUCGAGAAGCUGCAGAAAGCAUUUGCAAUCAUCCAACAAGAUCAAGCUCAGAACCACAAUAACCGCAUCGUGGGCGCAAGCCAGCCAGAGGCGAGGCGCAACAGCUACCCGCUAGAGACCUGGCCGGUAGGCCUCCGCAAUAUCGGUAACACUUGCUACCUCAACAGCGUUCUUCAAUUUCUUUUCACCAUCAAGCCUUUGCGAGAGCUGAUUUUAAAAUGCGACGAAUACAUGGAAGACCCGUCACCAGAUGCAUUGAAGGACAAAAAGGUCGGGCGCACCGUGGUUACAGCCGAUAGAGUUAUUACGGCUCAGAAAUUCGUUCGUGAACUUCGGACGUUUUUCGAGCAGAUGGUUAAUGCGCCCACCGAUACCGUCCAACCUGCACUAGAUCUUGCCGCUCUGGCGCUGUGCAGGACAGACCGCCCAGAAGAACCAAAAGAUCCUCUAGAAGUUCGCGUUGCCGACAAUGCUGGCCUUGGCUUAAUCGAAGGUGUUGCUGUUAGCGGUCCCACGCCUGCGCCAAAUGGCGACACGCACGCUCCGAGUUUUCCAGACUCCGUCAUGGCCGAGGACAAGGAUGAUGCUAAGAGCGUUUCGUCAAUGCAGGCGAUGGAUUUAGGGGACGAGAACGACAUACCUGCACCACCUACUCGACCCCCUCCUAUCCCUCCUCGACCAGAAGCUCAAGCAAAGGCCGAUCAGACAAAGACCAAGAUAGGCAUAGUUGAGGAAAGCGCCCGACAGCAGGACGCCGCUGAGGUCAUGGGCAACAUAUUCGAUCUAAUAUCGUGUGCUAUCAAAGGUGAAGAUGUCUUGCGCGAAGGCGAGCAACUGGAUACGAUCAAGAAGCUGUUUUUCAGUGAUGUUACGACGGUCCGAGACACGGCGAAGGGAGCAGAGAAGUUGAGCGAGCUUCGACAUAACUAUCUCGUCUCCCCCGGCUGGCGGGACCGCCCUCUCUACGCCACCUUAGAUGACGACUUCGGCCAAAGCGAAAUGGAGGGUGGCGCAACCAGAUAUGAGUACAUCGACAAAGCUGCGCCUAUUUUGGUUAUCAAUGUGCGUCGUAUACAGUGGGUGAACGAGCUAGUGUAUGAUCGCGCACAUAUCAGUCUGGAUCACGCCUUGUACCUGGAUCGAUAUCUGGGAAGAACAAACUCACUAGACGAAGCUCAGCUGCUCAAGCUACGCGAAGCGCAGUGGGAAAAACAACAAGAACUUCGCGAGAUCGAUGUAGAGAGGAAAAGGCUUCAGGCAACCGAAAUCGAGGGCAUGAAUCUCGCCGACAGCAUUGAAGAAACCAGUGCUUUCAUCAACAGCCUAUCCACAGAGCAAUCUCAGCAAGAGCAGCAAGGAGUCGACUCACUUCCUACACCACCUCCUGAGCUCGCAGAUACCCUCCACGAAAAAGCAGAGCGCAUCAAGAAAGACCUGGAAGAUAUGGACUUCAUCAUGAGCAAACUCGAAUCUCAAAUCGACACCGUUUUCAGGGAUUGCAACGACCACCCUUACCGUUUGCACGCCGUCUUUACCCACCGUGGCGGCGUUCGAGGUGGUCACUAUUGGAUUUACAUCUACGACUUCCAAAAUGGCUUAUGGCGGAUGUAUAAUGACGAUCACGUCACAAUUGCUGACGAGAAGCAAAUUUUUGAGCCGGAGACGGGUGUUGCCAUUCCCAAGGCAAGCACGGGGGUUGUGUAUAUUCGUGCGGAUCUGGUAGAUGAGUUCACGCAGGCGGUUUGCAGGAACCCGAAGGUGGAGGAGACUGAUAGAUCGGAAGACCCGGAAACGCAGUCUCAGGAUGUCGUGAUGCAGGACCUGGAUGAUGAAAAGCCACCUCCGCUCGAACCUAUCAAUCCUAAUGAGUUGCCAGUUCUUGUGGGGGUUGAGAAGCAGUAA